UUCAAUUUUAUUUUGAACAUCAUAACCUGUAAAUAAUGAUUCAGGUGAUUCAGGUGACCAAUUGUUCAACUGACAAUUAGCCUGAGACAUGGCGAGAUACUCCAGUGACUCGGAUUCAGAUCGAAGUGGAAAAUAUCGGAAGAAACAUUACAGAAGAUCGAGGUCCAGCAGUUCAGACUCGAGUGACAGCUCAUCGUAUCGAAAACGUUCAUCGAAAUAUUCGAAAUCUCGAAGACAUCGACGUUCUCGAUCGAAAAGUCGAGACAAUCAGAGAUCCUCGAAGAGUUACAAAUCCUCCCGAGGGAAUUCCAAAGACCGAGAGAGACACAGACACAAAUCACCAGAGAGAAUAAAAAAAAAAACGAGAUCUGUAUCGAGGGAAAAAUCGACUAGUCGUUCGAGCAGUUCUCAGUCGUGCGUCAAAUCAUCAGCUGAGAAAAAUAUUAAUAUUCUAACCAAAGAUUUUUCCUUUCGUUUUUCACUUGCAGAUGAGUUCACUAUCGAGCCAAGAAUAAAUGAGAGCGUUUUGGAUGAAAUCAAUGCAUCGGGCUUCACACAAAAACAGUUUACGUCAUCAGCUCACAGCAAAGAGAAGAAAGCAAACAAAAAUAUUGUGAUUGACAUAACUGCCGACACAAUUCAAGUACCUGCAGCUGUGAAAACUAGUUCGACCAUUAAUGAGAGUAUUUUCCAUACUUCUAUUAUGAUGGACCAAGAGGUUCGAUUCGACAGAUGGGUGAAGAAAUUAUUCAACCUUCGACAGAAAGCAAUAGCAGAAAUCUCCUCGACGUAAUAAAUUAUUAACUGAAUUGUCCAAAAAUAACGAGAAAUAGAAAUUUUUUUAACAUUAAUAUUUUCUUUAUUUUACCACUCUUACAGCGUUAUCGCUUAGACAUUGAUAAAUUCGUAUUCGAAUAAUCCUUUCUAAUGAAUAUAAGUGACCAAA